UUAUCGAUUCGGUUUUAAAAACCUCGUUAAUCAGGACGCGGUCAAGGGAAGCUCGGAAAGGCGCCAUGGCUGGUUCGUUGUUUAUAGCAUUGAUUAUGAAACGUUGCCUGUCGUUUACUGAUGCCGGAGAGGAGAGAAGUGAGCACCCCUGCCAAUUAUCGUCUUAACAUCUUUUCCAUCAACCGCAAGGCGUUAACUAAUAACUGGGGAAGCUGUUAUCCGCCAUGUCCAUUACGGCUCGGCAUCUGUGGAAUCCUAGGGUUUUUGAUGUCCUUCUCAUCUCUUGGAUUUUCUUAAGCUAUUGUCCCGGAUUCAUACUGUCUGCAGCUGUCACACUAAAUUCGAUUGAAAUCGUCAAGACCCAUAAUUGGCUGAAGGUCACUCCAACGGUUUAUUUCCUAUGCAAAGAGGAGAACAAGACGGUGCUGCCUGAUGUCAAGAAAGCGCAUCUCUUGUAUACUUUUAAGGGUGAAGAAUCAUGGCAGCCUCUGACUAACUUCUCAAGUACAAAGUGCAAGCGAUGUGGGAUUUAUGAAGAAAACAGUAUUAUUUCAGAUGAUGUGUAUGAUGAGUGGGAGUUUUGUCCUUCUGAUUUUCCUACCGUUCAUGGCAUGUAUGUCCAUUUCAAGGGGAAAGAAUUUAAUGCCACUUUUUUGUGCCCAGAAUGCCUGUCUUUUUUUAAUGUGUCUAGCCCAGCACCUGAAGUGCAUGAUAGUGGAAAAGGAAUGGAAGUAGCGAUUCUGGUUUUGCUAAGUUCUUUGGUCUCAACUUUGCUUAUAAUUGGAUUGGUGGGUGCAUACAAGUACUGGCAAAAGAAGAAGAGGGAGCGGGAGCAGGCUCGGUUUGUAAAGCUAUUUGAGGAUGGAGAUGACAUAGAGGCUGAGCUGGGCCAUGGCUCUAUCGUCUGAUGGUCAUGCUCUUGUACAGUAGAUUCACCUGGUAAACUAGUUACAUGUACUAGGAUAAGAGAAGAAAUGUUUUUGUUUUGACCAGAAACUUUUAUAUUCCACGAGCAUAGAUUAUCAAAAUGGAAAGCAAUGUACAAAUGUUGAUAGGUGGUGCCUACUGCCCAACAACGUAGCAUAAUCUAGUAGAUUCUUCACAAA